ACGGAAUAUACUUUAAAUAAGAAUAUUUGAAAAAAUAAAGCACUAGAUUAUUGAGACAUUAUAGUAAUGUAUAUAUGUAUAUACUUUUAUACAGGGUAAAAAAUUUAUUUUUGUAAAUAUUACGAUGUUGGUAAUGAAAAAUUUAUUAAUAUUAAAUAUAAUAACAUUUUGAUCCAAGUGUCAUUUGUCUUACGGAUUUUAAGACUGAACAUUCACAUUUAAAUAUCGGUAAAAGAAUGGAAAAUUCAGGAGCAGUUACAAUUGAAGGAGAAAAUUAUGAAGUAGUAGAUGAAUGUAUCGAAGAAGAAGAUACAUCUAAUAAUAUACAACAAUCUAAAUGUUUGAACAAUAUAGAAAAACAAUUUAUAAAUAUUAAAUCCUUAGAUAAUAAUGUAAUAAAUAAAAAUGUAGAUCAUAUUGAAAAUACAAAUAUGAAGGAAAACAAAAAUAUAAAAAUAAAAAAAAAAGAAAAUUUAGAGAGAAAUGAAGAUAUUGGAAAAAUUAAAGGCAUAAAUAUAGAGAAAAACAAAGAUAUAGGUAUGGAAAAAAAUCAAGAAGUUUCAGAAAGUUCCAUAAAUUUAACAGAUAAUAUACUAUUGAAUAAUUCAAAUUCUAAUAAUAAUGAUCAAAACAAUACAUCAAACACAGAAGAUAAAUGUCUGCAACAAUCAACUAUGGAAUCAAUUGAUUUUACUGCUGAUAUUACUUUAGAUCAAUUAGAUCAACAAAAAGAUGUAACAGAUGAAGAUGUCUUACAUCAUUUAGAUGAAAUUGAAAAUAUUGUAUUAGAUUCUACAGAUUUCCAAUUACCAGAAGAAUGUACAGGAAAUCAAUUACUAGAAGCAGAUAUGAAAAAUCAAUCUUCUAAUUCAGAAAAUAAACUUAUUAAAGACAAUAAUACAAAUGAAAAUAUUAAUGUUGAUAAAAAAACAUUAUACAUUUUAGAUAAAGAAAUAAAGCAAGAAAUAAAAGAAGAAGAAUGUACAGAAAAUGACUGGUAUGAGCAGAAGCUUAUUGAGAAAGAAACAAUUAUAAAAGAACGACUUUCAAAAGUAGCUAGAGUUUUAGGAAUUUCUUACCCAUGUUAUGAAAAAUGGUUAGAAUAUGAAGAAAAGAUAAAUGGAUCUCCCUUGUGUAAAUUAAAACCUUCUCGGCGCUGUUGUUUAGAUAAGCCUUAUACUAAUCGUUGGAAAUUUAUUUGCAACAGAAAAGAAAUACAUGAAUCUAUUACAAAAAUAGAAAAUUCUGAUAGUUCUUUUAAUAAAGAUAAAAAAAUAAUUUGGAAAUUGGAAGCCAGUGGAGCAUGGGGUGUAAAUAUAAAUAAUGAAUCUCAAUUUCCACCUUUUGUAUUGCGUGCUGUAAAAAUAUUUGAAGAUUUUCUUCAAACAACAGAACAAUUAACCUCACAAAAUUCUAUAGAUGAAAAUUUUUCUGAUGAUGUAUCUAUAGAUGCAGAAUCAAAAAAAGACACAAGUAAUGAAGGAAAACAAGAUUGGUUAUGGUUGGUAGUACGUUGCAAUAGUAUGGAUGAACUUAUGUUAUUUGCAACUGGAGAAAAUAUUACUCGUUCUACAAUGGAUAGACUGAAACAAGUUUAUGAAUCUGGACCUGGAAAAGAUUGCAAUGUUAAAUCUCUAUAUUGCAAGUCUACAAAUAGAUAUGAUGGUACUGCUGUUACGGAUACAACAUUUCUAGUAGGAUCAGAAGCUUUGGAUGAAAUUGUUGGAGGAUUAAAAGUCCAACUUGCACCUAAAACAAACUUUUGGUCAAAUUCUGCAGGAGCAGAAAAUGUGGCAAAUGCAGUAAUAGAUUUACUUGCACCUAGUCCAAAAACAACAGUACUUGAAAUAGGAUGUGGUAUUGGUCUUAUUGGAUUGAUGAUGGCAUCUAAAUGUCAACAAGUUAUAGGAGUGGAUUCUCCAUCAGAGGUAGAAGAAGCUGAAAUGACAUGUGAAUUAAAUAACAUAAAAAAUGCUUCAUUCAUUAUGGGAUCUCCUUCUGAAGUAACAAAUCAAAUUAUUGCAGCGGUUAAAAAUCGUAAAACAUGUGCGAUAAUUAAUGCAAAUACUAAUAUUGGUCGAGCAAUUGAGGUAAUGACAGCUCUUAGAAAAAUUCCAUCUCUUAAACGAAUAGUAAUGAUAACAACAUUAACUAAACAAUCAGUACGUGCUAUAUUAGAAUUAGCUCGACCUGGAGAUCAUGGUCAUGGAUCAGCAUUUAUUCCUGUUUUGGCAUGUGUUGUUGAUACUUUACCUAUUGGUCCUCAUUUUGAAGCAGUUAUUUUAAUGCAGCGACGAAUGAUAAAUAAAUUUAAUCAGCUAUGGUUUCAAAAAACUAUAGAGGAAGAUGUCAAAAAUCCAGAAACCAAAAUUAUUCAAGAAAAUGAACAAAAUGUUGAUGAAACAGAUAAAACAUUGAGCAAAGGACUUGAAUUAAAAACUAAAAUAAACUUUAAUAAAUUAGUAAAAAAUCCCGUAAGAAAAUCGAAAACAUCAAUAAAAAAAGUAUUUUAUACAAAAAAUAUUGAGAAUUCAUUUUCAAAAAAUAAAUUUAAAGGAAAGCGUUCCCAUUCUCCGGACAAAGGAGAAACACCACCAAAAAAAUUAAUAAAAAAAUUUAAUAAAAUAGGUGCUAAACCAUGGCAUAUAGAUAUAGCAGCAAAAAAGAAAAAAGAUUGGAAUACAGAAAGUCCACAAUUAUGUGUUAAUCCUUUUUACGAAAAAAAAAUGCGAGAACCUAAAGAACAAACUGAUUUAAGAGAAAGAUUAUCUAAUAAUCGACUAGAUAUAGAUAUUGCUCAAACGGUUAAAGAACAUCAAGCUCUUUUAGAAAUAGCGAAGGAAAAAUUAAGCGGACCAGCACCGACUGUUGAUAUAAAUACUGCAAAACAAUUGCAAAAUAUGUUAAAUAUGGUUUUAGAACAAACAAAUAAACUUCAAAGUCAAUUACCUCGUUCUGUUUGGGAUCGUAUUGCUUCACCAGGAAAUAUAAAUUCGGAUCAAAGAGAAAAUAAGCAAAAUGAUUCUAUUUUGAAAGGCCGUUACGUUCAAGAAAUGGGUUCCCAAGAUAUUCUAAUUACUAUGCCAAAUAAGAGAUUUCUAAAUGAUGAAAAGCCUGUAACAAAACCGAUUUAUAAAAAAUAUCAUAAUAUACCACCUUUAGAACCAAAUACAGUCCUGCCAAUAUUACAAGCAAUUGAUCAUAAAGAAGAAAGAUCAUUUCGUACAACACCUGAACGAUUUAGCAGAUCGUUUCAGGUUGAAAUAGAUCAAAAUAGAGAUAAAACUUUUGAAAAAAAUCGUUGGAAUGAAGUAGAAAAUAUGAAAAAAUCAAUUUCACCUAUGAGAAGACAAAAUUCUCCUGUUAAACAUCGUGUAACUCCUCCAAAAAGACUUUCUCCUAAACGUCCAUUGUUAUCACCUCCAAGACGUUUAUGUUCUCCUCCAAGAAGACAUUUUUCUCCUCUUCGCCGUCCUAUGUCACCUGUAUACAGACAACGUUCUCCUAUAAGACGUCCUAUAUCUCCAUUACGACGACCAAUGUCACCUUUAAGACAACCUUUGUCACCGAGACGACUUUCACCGCGAAGAACUGAAAUGACUAUGAAUCGCCCAAUGUCACCAUUAAGACAUCAAAUUUCACCACGACAAAUAUCUCCUAUGAGAUCUACUGCAUCUCCUUCUAGAAGACAAUCAUCAUCAAUGAAACAUCCAAUAUCUCCUUUAAGAAGAGAAAUUCCAUCUCCUAAUCGAAUGAUAUCUUCUAAUAGACAGGAAAUAUUUUCUAGACAGCAAACAUCAACAAUGAGACAUGCAGAAUCACCACAUAGAUUGAUUUUUGAACGUUCUACGUUAUCACCAAGACAACAACAUUCUCCUCAAAGACGACAAAUGUCACCAUCAAGAUUUAUUGAUGAUUGGGAUAUACCAAGUAGAGGAGCCAUUGAACAAACUUGGUCUCGACCUGUUGAACGAAACAUGUCUGAACAAAACAUUUGGCAAAUUGAAAAAACGCCAACAUCCAAUAAUAAUUGGGAUAAUGAUAGGCGUCGUAAAACUUUUUAUCAAGAAAAGUGGGAAACUGUUAAAGAUCCUAUUCGUAAUGAUACCUGGAAUAAUGAUGGAAAUUCUUGGAAUUCUAAACAAACUUUACACACAAAACCUAUGAUGAAGGAAUCAUGGUCAAGUUCUGAUAAUAGAUGGUCAGUAACAUCUAUACCCAGCAGUAGUAAUGAUAAUUGGAAUAUUCGCGGUAAAGAAAGUUUCACUGCUUGUAAAGAAUCUUGGAUAGAUAAUAAAAAACAAGCUAGGUGGGAAUUAAUAAAUAUUAAAGACUCUUGGAAACAAUGUGACAAAGAAGAUUUAAAUGAUUUACCAGAAGAUGCGAAAGAUCCUUGGGGAGAUGAUGGUGCUAUAGAUUUAAAAGAAAGAUGGCUUAAAUUUGAAAAUACUAAUACAUCAAAUACAUGGAUACGAGAAAAUGAACAACAAAAAGGAGAUUCAUGGACAAAAAAUAAUAAAGAUAAUUGGCAAAAUAAAGCAUUAUCUUUUGGUACAAAAUCUCAAUGGCAAAAUAAUAGUAAUCAAAAUGUUGGAGAAUCACAUUGGCUUCCUCAAGAUAAUAUUGAUAAGAAAACUACAUCUACUGGUUGGCAAAAUGGAAAUGCUAUAGGAUCUUGGCAAUUUAAAAAUUCUAAUUUUCAAUCACAACGUUCUUUUCCUACAACUCAAUUCAAAAGUUCAUAUUAAAAUUUGUGUUAUUUAAGUUAAUGAUAAUGUUAAUUAUCAACAAUUUUAUUGUUUCAAAUAUUUUUACAAAAUGUCAGUUUAUUACAUACGUCACAAAGGGGAAUUUAUAUUUGUUUUAAUAAUAGUAUAGAAUAUAUUUAAGAUUUAUAAAAUAAAUAAUUAUAUAUACACUUGAAUCUUAAAAUGUUUAAGUUUAUAUUAUAAGAUUAUCAUCAGUAAUUAUGAUCAAUGUGAAUAAAUAUUCACUUUUGUUUUUUAUAGUUAUAUUUUGUUAUCUUCAUA